UGGGGCCAUGGGGCGGGUGGCCGCGGCGUUCCCGCGUCUCCCCCCCGUCUGCUGCUGCUGGUGCCCGGGGCCCUGGGGCUGCGGCUGCUCCUCAGCGCCCCGCCGCCCUUCGACUGCUCGCAGCCGGUACCUGCAUGGACCAGAGCUGGUUAACGGUUUCCAAAUGGACUCCCUCCGCUCCAAGCAUUCUUGAUGUCCACCCUGACGUUUUCCAUGAUGAGGGAAAACUGCUCCCUGUGCUGCGGAUAGAGUGGAAGGUGGCUACUGAUGCAAGCAUUCAGUAUCUCCAGGGAGUGGAGCUGGCUGUGCUACAACUGAACAAUAAUCAACAAAUCUGUGCCCAGUUUGACUUUCAGAACAAUCUGCCACUUCAGGUCCGUCCGGAUGGAGGCCGGUGGAACUUCACUUUCAACCGCUUUGAGGUGGAGCCUGGCCAGAUGUACCAAGUGACUGUCCAUCAUCUGCCCAAACUGAGCACCAGUGGAGACCACAACUGCAAAUCCACAUCUUACACGGUGCCUGAUUGCUGGGACCCUGUGAUGAAAAGAACCAUGCCAUGUAUGAAGAUCGGCAGCCUCUGGGAGCCCAGUAUUCAUGGCAAAAGUCUAGAUGACAAUUCUCUGUUGGUGAGUUUUAACCCAGGGAUGGAGUCAGCCCAAUACCGGAUCCAUGUGACCAGUUUCACAGAUGAUGAAAAGCAAUGUAGAGAGACCACACAUGAUAUUUAUGAGACUCUGCAGAGUGGACAGCAGCACCGUGUGAAUGUCACUGUCAAAAUCAAGGAGAACUUAAAAGCCUGUUGCAGAUACAAAGUACAGAUUCAACCAUUCUUUACCAUGUGUGGCACCGACUGUUUGAGACAUCCUGCUGUCAUCCCAUGUCCCUCAGUUGCUCCACCUACAUAUCCUGCAGAUGAUCCGAUUAUGUGGCUAUACUGGUGUAUCACUGGCAUCUGCAUUUUACUGGUGGGAUCAAUCAUAGCUGGUGCUAUUUACAUGACCCGAAGACAAGUAGGCCGCCAGCACAGGAAUUAUAGCAGCCAUGAGCUGUUACCUCCACAGCUGACUCCACCAUCCCUGAGGCCCCGGAAGGUUUGGAUUGUGUACUCUGCUGACCACCCACUCUAUGUAGAUGUGGUACUGAAAUUUGCCCAGUUCUUGAUCACAGUCUGUGGUACUGAGGUAGUCCUGGAUCUGCUGGAAAAGCGUCAGAUUUCAGAGAUCGGGGCCUUACCCUGGCUUACUCGACAGAAAAAAGAAAUGGAAGAACUAUCUUCAAAGAUCAUCAUUUUGUGUUCUCGGGGCACCCGGGCCAAAUGGCAGGCUAUGCUUGGGAAGGAGGGAACAGCUGUCUCUCUCAAGCAAGAUCAAAGGCAGCCUACUGGAGACCUGUUCACUCCAGCCUUGAAUUUGAUCCUGCCAGACUUCAAGAAGCCAGCUUGUUUUGGCAUGUACAUAGUCUGCUAUUUUGAGGGCAUAAGUGAGGAUAAGGAUAUUCCUGACCCGUUCAAUGUCACAUCCAAGUACCAGCUGAUGGACAGGUUUGAGGACAUUUACUUUCUGAUCCAGGAUAUGGAGAAGUUUGAACCGGGGCGGAUCCAUCAAAUCCAGGAGAUCACCGCUGAAAACUACGCGGAAAACUCCAAUGGCUGGAAGUUGAAGGAGGCAGUACAGACAUUCCAGGAAUGGCAGGCAAAGUACCCUGAUUGGUUUGAGAGAGAGAACACCUGCUCAGAAGAUGAGUCUCUGGACAAGGAAAUACUGGAAGAAUUCAUGCCGGGUAAUGGAGAUGUAAUUAUAAAACAGCAGCUGCAUGUUCAAGAGCCUGAUCCCAAUGGCUGUUGUGCAGUUAGCCUCCAUGUGAAUGAAAAUGUGGGUGGAAAUUUUAAACUGCAGCUUCAGCUUAAUCCACAAGGGAAUCCAACUUCCCAGACCCUGACAAUUCCCAUGGAUGAGGCACCUCCAGUUCAGAUGGUGGAGCCAAUUUCUAUUACAGGAGGUAAAAAUGCAACUAGUCAUCAGGUGCUGACCAACACAGAUUGGAUGGAAGGAAUCCCUCUGCUGGAGACUAGUGUCCCAAUGAGGAACAGCAUCAUCCUUCAUGAUGAUUUUGAUGUCCCAUCAUCAGACAACCAGAGAUCUGCAGACCACCUCCCAAAUGAAAUGAGGCAGCAGCUGGAGGGGUUAAUGUACUCUCUUUACCAGCAAAGCAUCAUUCCUUCUGAGCCAUCUCUCCGUCAAGAAGAUGCUGAAGAGCAGCAGCAGCAGGUGGCUUUCAAUAACCCAUGCAAAGAUCAGAGACAGUCAGUGCAAUCAGACCAGGGCUACAUCUCCAGAUGUUCCCCUUUGCCUCCUGAUGAUCUGGUGGAGGAAGAGGAAGAGGAGGACCAAGAACAGGAAAACAAGAUGCCUUCUCGGUAUCUCUCUCCAGAGGUCUUGGACAGUCUAAAGAGCCUCCAACAGAAGCUGCUUUUCCAGGAAAUUCAGCAGAAAUCUGUCUGGGAGCACAUGGGUGGGAUGAUGGACACAGGUCAUUGUGCAGCGGACUCUUAGACUCUCUGUCCAGGACCAUCCCAUUUGAAAAAUAGGGCUGGAGGGUGGUAGUGUGUAUAAUUUCAGCACUCUUCUUCAAGCAGUCUCCUCGUCCUUGUAAAACAAGGGUCCUAUGUUCUAAUCAGUAGGAAAUCUCUAACUGAUGCAUAUCACCCGGAGGCGACUUGCCAAGUGAAUACAGUAUGGUCCACCUACCUAUACCUCUUAGAACACAACUGUUACCUCCCAAUCUAUCUCUGAAUGGAGGAAGAUGACAGCAAUGUUAGUCCCCUGCAUGUGCUGUGGAGGAAUUGGUACUAAAUCUGUUACUCCAUAAGAAAUCUACCAUGUGUAGAAUCCACUGUGAACUAAUUACAGGCACAUUAUUGUGGUCCAUCAGGCUGCAUCUCUCAGGAUGCCUGUCACACCAUCAUUCCAGCUUAUUGUAGAGGACUAAAGUCACAGUUAUGGAGGAGAGGAUAAAGACUCUGAUUCUGAUAUCAGUUUAUUAGCUAAGCUUUAUUGUAAAUGCUGUAGUAAGUAAUUUAUACCUCAGAUCACAACCAGUGAUGACUAGGGCCCUACCGAAUUCACUGUCCAUUAUGGUCAAUUUCAUGGCCACAGGAUUUGAAGAUUGGUAAAUUUCACAUUUUCAGAUGUUUAAAUCUGAAAUUUCAGUGUUGUAACUGUGGGGGUCCAGACCCAAAGCGAUUUGUGUGUGUUGGGGGGGAGGGGUGUCGCAAACCUGUUGUAGGGGAGGUCUUGGGAUUGCCAUCCUCACUUCUGUGCUGCCUUCAGAGCUGGACUGUCCCUCCCCUGCACAGCCAGAGCUAGGAGCCCUCUUGGCUGGGGUGCUCCUAGCAGCACAUGGCAGAUCUGACACAACUCCACAAGCCUCCUCCAGCUGCAGGAACCUCUGGGGCUGCUGUCCAGUCCCAGAGAGCACCCUACAGCAGGUGGAGGCACCUGCAGCUGGGUCUGGUCUCUUCCCCACCCCCCCUCUCCAGAGCAGCUGUGCAGGAGGUGAUGGACAAGUCCUGUCCCUCCCCUGCCCACCCAGAGCUAGGAGCCCCCUUUGCUGGGGCACUCCUAGGAACAAGGGGACAUCAGAUUUCACAGGAAAGGGCUUAUUUCACAGUCCAUGACGUGUUUUUCAUGCCAUUAAAUUGAUAGGGCCCUAGUGAUGACAGAUCCCAGUAGACCCACUUGUGGUGGUACCUGAGUGCUGGGAUUGUCUAAUGCAUUACACACGUUGGCAUUGCCGGACUUGCCUGGCCAUUAAGCAGCAUAGCAGGAUGCUGAGCAAUAAUUGGGAUGAACAUUUGUAAGUGGGUAGUUUUGUCUCCUUGGCACUUUCCCCUCAACCCACGAUGAGUGGAAGGCACUUGAAAAGCAGCAACGCCAAAAGAAAUGUAAGCUUGGUGGUCAGAAAAUGGGGUAGGAGCUUGCAGUGUAAUUACAGCAGAAAAAAGAAUGUGCUUUGGGGCUGCAGAUGGUCUUCACAUCCUAGAUCAGGGAGGAAAUGUGUUUUUUCUGUUGCACUGAUAGUUCCAACCAGGAUAUUGUGUUCAUUUCUGGGCAUCUCAAUAUCAGGAAGAUUUCAAAUUGGAGAUAGGGUGAGAAAAGCAGUAAACACAAUUAAGGGUCUGAAAGACUGUUUGGAAGAAAAAUGUAGUAGUAAACAGGGCUGUCAAUCACAUUUAAUGGCUGUGAUUAACUGAAAACAAAAUUAACAUGUUAAGCCUGUGGCAGGGAGCUGAAAAAGCCUCAGUCUGCAGCUCCACGGGCAGCAGGGGAAGGAUUAAAGGAGCCCCAGAGUGCAGCUCCCCAGGCAGUGGGGGAGGGGUUGAAGAAGUCCCAGCCCACGGCUUCCCAGGUGGCAGGAGGGCUGGAGCCCUGUGCCCUGAGGGGGCCUGGGCAGCAGGUUGCAUAGGCUGGGGGAGGCUCUGCCUCCCCAAACAGCCAGGCGUGGCCCCAACCCCUGCUUACCACUGCUCCCCGCAUACUGCUCCAGCCCCCAGUGGUCUGGCUGGGGCCGCCUGCCUUCCCGCACUCUGGGGUGGGGCAUGCUGCGGCCACCCGCGCUCUGGGACUGGUGGGGGCUGGGGCUGUGCACUACCCGCCUUCCCAGUGCUCCAGGGCUGGAGCCGCCCACCCUGCUGAUGCUCCUUUGGGGCUAGGGGGCUAGCCUGGGGUGGGACUGGGAUGGUGGCCAAGGUGGGAGGGGCUCGGCUCCAGUGGGGCAGGAGUGGGGCCUCAGGCAGAAGGGGUUGGGCUGAGGGCUAGCCUCCCCCAGCCAACGGUUCACACACUGCCCAUGCAAGGGAGGCUGAAGCACCGAGUGGGGUGGAAACCCAGAGCCCCCAGCCCUGAUCCUAUAUUUGAAAAUAUAGAAAACCCCCAAAAAUAUUUACAUAAAUGGUAUUCUAUUAUUGUUUAAUAGUGUGAUUUAAACUGCAAUUAAUUGCAAUUAAUUUUUCUAAUCACUUGACAGCCCUAUAGUACGCAUAGCUUGAACAUAUGUUGCCUAAGCGUGGGGAAUAUAACCAACAAGUGAGGGAUGCUGGAGUGAAACCAAUGUAAGAUGAUCUCUGGAGAUGUAACUAGUAUUAACGUAAAUUUGAACAAAGGAAGUUCAGGCUAAACAUAGAAAAACAUUUCCUAGUAGUGGAGACUGCGGAGUUAUCUCCCACAAGUAGUGCUGGAAACUUCAUCAGUUGAGAGAUUUCAAAACUGGUUUUAACAAACUAGGAGAACACUCUCUGUAGUGAACAAUCCAGCAUUGUCCCUUGUGGGAUCAGCUAGAUAGAAAAGUAAACCUAUUUAAAGCUGGAGAUUACCCCAUGCACUGUGGUAGCUUGUUCAACUCAGCCAAUCAGGGAAUGGCUUUUUGAGGAGUAAAAGCCCCCAAUCCAAACUGCAUUUUUUUCCUCUCCCAUUUUGGGAUCAUACAAGACUCCUGCCUUUCCACCUUGCUAAUUGCACAUGUUGGACAACAAGAUGUAAACUUAUGUCUUGCAUUUACAUGAAGCAUUUGUUCAUUCCUGAGAUGGCUAACUGAUUUUCUUCAGCCUAUGCUGAUUACAUCUGAACAACUUCAAGUAUUUUGUUUUUCUAUGAUUUAUACAUUGGCUUUUCAAAUGAAAGUUUUGAGUAGCUAUUACUCCACAUUGCCAUUUCUGCCUAUGCAACCAAUACAAUGAUGUAUUUUUAUAACUGAUUGUAUCUUGUUUUUUUCUAAUUUUCUUUUUUAAUUAAAGGAAUAAUAUACUUU